AUGACGGCGGACAGUUCCAUUCACUAUGUGUUGGGUCAGCACGACAUAAUCAGCUCGUCGCUCUCCGUCGAACAAGUAGUUGCCUCGAAAGCUCUCAAACAAUUAUCCCGCCGAAGACGUAAGUGUCGGCUACCAAGCGAACGGCUUCACUACUUUAGUGUUUACACGAAUAAUUUGUGUCGCAUAAGCUGCCGUAUCGAGGCCUCAUUGCAUUUGUGUGGUUGUGUUCCAUUCUUCUACAAUAUUGGAAAAACUUCUUGCUCACCGGAGGGACUGUACUGCUUGGCGAAACAGUUCAAGGUGUGGUACAAGACGAACUGCACCUGUCAGCCACUCUGCGAGUCCGUCUCCUUCAAGCAGGUGUUGGUGAAAAAAACGGUACUCGAGCAGGCAAACAGUAAGUUGGAAACACAAAUUAUCUACCCACGAAUGCGGAUGAAGCGUGACGUACUUUUCGACAUCAGCAAUUUAAUCGGUAAGUGUGUGUGACAAUUGUUUUGCAUAUUAUACGAUUAAUUUUAAUUGCACCCCUUU